AUGAAUAAGUCCCCGGAGUGGGCACAGGAUAAGUGCCCGGAACAUAAGAGUUACAACAUUCUUGAGAAGAGGUUUAGUGACAAAUUUAACAUGACGUACACGGUGUAUGAGCAUAAGAAGGCGAAAACGCAGGUCAUAGCAUUGGGUUCGAACGAUCCGUUGGAUGUAGAACAGACUUUUGCCUUUUACGUGAAAACGUUGACACAUUCGGGGAAGGGAAUUCCCCACAUUUUGGAACACACCGUUUUGUCCGGCUCGAAGAACUUCAAUUAUAAGGAUUCCAUGGGUCUCCUGGAAAAAGGGACGCUGAAUACGCACCUAAAUGCAUACACGUUUAACGACCGAACUGUGUACAUGGCUGGGUCGAUGAACAAUCGAGAUUUUUUCAACAUUAUGGCUGUUUACAUGGAUAGUGUGUUCCAACCGAAUGUACUGGAGAAUAAAUUUAUUUUCCAAACGGAAGGAUGGACAUACGAAGUGGAGAAGCUGAAGGAUGAAGAGAAAAAUGCAGAUGUUCCAAAAAUUAAGGAUUACAAAGUUUCGUACAAUGGCAUUGUUUACAGCGAGAUGAAAGGAUCCUUUAGCAGCCCCCUCCAAAAUCUGCACUAUGUUAUAAUGAAGAAUACCUUUCCAGAUAAUGUGCACUCGAAUGUCAGUGGUGGAGACCCCAAAGAGAUCCCUACUUUGACCUACGAAGAGUUUAAAGAAUUCUACUAUAAGAAUUAUAACCCCAAGAAGAUUAAGGUCAUCUUUUUCAGCAAGAAUAACCCCACCGAGUUGUUAAGUUUUGUCGACGAUUAUCUGAAUCAGUUAGAUUUUACCAAGUAUAGAGAUGAUGCUGUGGAAGAUGUAAAAUAUCAGCCAUAUAGAAAAGGGCCCUUCUACGUGAGGGAAAAAUUUGCUGACCAUUCUGAGGAAAAAGAAAAUUUGGUUUCCAUUUCGUGGUUGUUAAAUCCGAAGAAAAAUGACCUGUUAGAUGUAGAUCUCAGUUUGGAAUCCCCGCAUGAUUAUUUCGCCCUUCUGAUCAUAAACAAUCUGCUUACCCACACGACUGAGAGUGUUCUUUACAAAGCGUUGAUCGAUUGCGGCUUGGGAAACACCGUCAUAGAUACAGGUCUAGACGACAGCCUUGUGCAGUUCGUUUUUACUAUCGGCCUCAAAGGAAUAAAAGAAAAAAAUGAAAAGAACGUAACUCUGGACAGAGUACAUUACGAGGUAGAGAACGUCGUUUUGAAAGCGUUGCAAAAAGUGGUGGAUGAAGGGUUUAACAAAUCUGCAGUUGAGGCUUCCAUAAAUAACAUUGAAUUUGUGUUAAAGGAGGCAAAUUUGAAGACGUCCAAAAGUAUAGACUACAUUUUUGAUAUGGCAUCUAGGCUAAAUUAUAAUAGAGACCCACUUCUCAUUUUCGAAUUUGAGAAGUACUUGAAUGUGGUUAAGGAUAAGAUAAAGAAUGAGCCAAGAUAUCUGGAAAAAUUUAUCGAGAAGCAUUUCAUUAAUAAUGACCACAGAACGGUCAUUCUCAUGGAAGGUGAUGAAAAUUAUGGAAAGGAACAGGAAGACUUAGAAAAAGAGUCCUUAAAAAAGAAAAUUGAAAGUUUGACGGAAAAGGAAAGAGAUGAUAUUAUUGUCGAUUUUGAGAAUUUAACCAAGUACAAAAAUAAAGUGGAAUCACCUGAACAUUUGGAUAAAUUCCCCAUAAUAAGUAUUUCCGAUUUGAACAAAGAAACAUUAGAAAUUCCAGCGAAUGCUUAUUUUACUACAACCCUUGAGGAAAACAACAAGGCUAAGUAUAACCAAAUUAAAUCCAGCGAAGAUAUGAUGAAGAAAAAUAUGGACCACUUGGUUAGGAAGUACAUCUUGAAAGGUUCCCAAGGUGAAGCAAUCACGGACGGAGCUACAAAAAAAGAGAGCGAUCUUUCCGAGGGGGAAAUACCAAUGCUCAUUUAUGAAAUGCCAACGAGUGGCAUUCUCUACCUGCAAUUCAUCUUUAGUCUAGACCAUCUAACACUGGAAGAGCUGAGCUACCUCAAUUUGUUCAAAGUGCUCAUCCUGGAGAAUAAGACGAACAAGAGAUCAUCUGAAGAGUUCGUAAUUCUGAGGGAAAAAAACAUAGGAAAUAUUAUGGCCAACGUUGCCUUGUACUCCCUCAGCGAUCAUCUGAAAGUUGUCAACAAAUAUAAUGCGCGCGGAUUGUUCAAUUUCGAAAUGCAUGUGCUAAGUCAUAAGUGCAAUGAAUCGCUCGAGAUAGCAUUGGAAGCACUAAAGGAGUCCGACUUUUCUAAUAAGAAAAAGAUAGUUGAAAUUUUGAAGAGGAAAAUCAAUGGCAUGAAAACUGUAUUUAGCUCGAAAGGGUAUUCCUUGCUGUUCAAAUAUGUGAAGUCGCAGCUGAACACCAAGUACUUUGCACACGAUUUAGUCUUUGGGUAUGGAAACUACCUCAAGCUUCAAGAACAGUUAAAGUUGGCUGAAUCGGAUUUUCCCAAAUUUGAGCAAAUUCUAAAUAGGAUAAGAAAUAAAAUAUUCACAAAGAAGAACUUACUAAUUAGCGUAACGUCAGACUCUGCUGCGCUAGAUGAACUUUUUGUGAACUCGAAAGAGUCCUUCAAAAAUCUACUGGGUUAUUUGGAAGAGAAUGACGCCAAGAACAGCGGAACGGAAACCAUCGGAUGGAAUGAAGAAAUAAAACAAAGCAAAGUUCUAGAAAAGGAAGAAAAGAAAAAAGAAUUCUUUGUCAUCCCAACAUUUGUAAAUGCUGUUUCUAUGGCUGGAAUUCUGUUUCAUGAAAAGGAAUUUUUAAACCCCUCCUUUAUCGUUAUCGUAGCUGCUCUGAAAAAUUCCUACCUAUGGGAAACCGUUAGAGGGUUAAAUGGUGCAUACGGCGUUUUUGCAGAUAUUGAGUAUGAUGGGUCGGUCGUAUUCUUAUCAGCUAGAGACCCCAAUUUGGAGAAAACUCUCCAAACUUUUAGAGAAUCUGCACAAGGACUCAGAAAAAUGGCAGACACCAUGACCCAAAAUGAUUUACGUAGGUACAUUAUCAACGCCAUUGGCAAUAUUGAUAAACCGAGAAGGGGAGUGGAACUUAGCAAAUUGUCUCUUUUGAGGAUUAUUUCAAAUGAGACGAAACAGGAUCGAAUUGACUUCAGAAAAAGAAUCAUGGAAACAAAGAAAGAAGACUUUUACAAAUUUGCCGACUUGCUAGAGAAGAAAAUUAACGAAUUUGAAAAAAAUAUUGUCAUUAUUACGAGCAAGGAGAAGGCCAGCGAGUACUCCACCAGCGUGGACCAGGAAUUCAAGCAAAUACACAUCCAGUGA